AUGGAGGACAAGGGGAAAGGAAACGAAAGAUGGAACGGAGCCAUAAGCAAUCUGACAGAAAUGUCCUUCAAUUUGGAGUCACUCCAGAAGCUACUCCUCAAAAAGGCUGUCUUUGUUGACGAAGAAACCUUUGCCAAAGCCUCGCUUUGUUCCGAACAAGCACGAACCAUCAAGGUUCUUGAGCAAAGAGUAGAAACUUUGGAGAGAGAACUUGAUGCUGCCAUUACAGCUGCUGCUCGCGUUCGUUCAGAAAAACGACAGGCUGAGGCAGCAGAAAAGGCUGCUGAAUUACAUGCACAGGAAGUUACAAAAGAGCUCGAGAACACCUCAAAGGUAUUCGAGCUGCACAUGGAAGAGUUGCGGGCAAAGCAAGAAGAAAUAGUUAAGCGUGAUAAGGAAAUCAAACUCUUGGAAGCUAUAAUUCAGACGCUUGGGGGAAAGGAGUCGCAUUCGAGAAAAGGGUAG